AUGGCCACAUCUGAAGAGCAGCCUGGCCAGGCUGUCCACGAAAAGCCGUAUCAGCUACAAGAAAUCAUUCGAGCACGGCCAACAGGAUUCGAUUGCAACUCACCUCGCGCCCCUUACUUGAAGUUCACCUUGGGACCGGGGCAACUAACCCGACUCAUUGUACGGAUAUGGUCACACGAUCAAGGACGAGCUGACACUACUUCGUCAUUGAACCCAUACGCGGACUCCAACACAUGGUUCGCGCUUGGACUGAUACAAGAGGAUGAGGAGCCCGACCUCUAUGAGUUUCAACGAAACGUACGAGCGUCGUUUGAUAUUCGAUGCCAUACUCACGAGUGGAAUCUUGGGGUUCCAUCAGAAGACGACGAAGAGAUGGAUGACGUUCAGGCUUGGAUCGAAUCUUUAGCGUUUAUGGAAGGCGGAGAGGUCGGCAUAUUCCCUCUUGCUCGCUAUCCAGGAUGGACAAAUCUGGUCUGGAGAAUGGAAGUGAAGGUUUACUCUCACCUGACGGACACGGACGACACGGGCGAUCCGCACGACAAUCACAACGAAGACGAGACUACUCGUCAAGUAUCAGCGCAUUCAGCCUCAGUGGUGAAACUUGAGCUGGACGAAACGGUGCAUAUUCUUCGACAAUUCAACGAUCUUGCCAACCAACUUGCCGAUUUACAAAUCAGGGAUCCAGAAGCUAUGAGCAAUAGCAUAAUUCCGAGGGUCUCAGUGGUUCCCGGCGGAUUCCAUCCCAUGCAACUCCGGAAGCUAGACAUGAUUGCAAAGACGCUCGCCAUGAGGUCCAGGGCUACUUCAAAUGUAGCUGACCUCGACAACGCCAUCUUCGUUGAGAAACAGGCUCUCACAGGAAUGACACCAGAAUGGGGCCGCGUCUUCGAAACAGAGAAAGAUGAAAACAGGCCCAGCAGGCUUGUCAACCUUGGUACGCAGCUUAAUAACCGGGCAAGAUUAACCAAGAAUGUCGACGAUAUCAAUGAGGCUAUCAACCUUGGACAAGAAGCGCUUGCGAUCUCCCCUCGCGAUCAUGAGAAUCGAUGCGGGUAUUUGAACAAUGUUGGAAAUCUUCUUGCCGAACGGUUUCUCGUCACACACGAUUUAACAGACUUGGAUCAGUGCAUUGAGUACUUGAACGAAUGCAUCGAUACUGCCCCUGCAGGACACGAGAGUAUGAGCCGAUGGCUACUUAAUCUUGGAGCGCGACUUGACCUCAGGUUCUCCAAUACAGACCAAGAUGCCGACAGAGAUCAGGCAAGAGGGUACUUACGCGCGGUGCUGGGUUCUGAGCAAGCAGACGUAACAACACGGGUCUACGCGGCUUACCAUCUUUUGCCAAAGGGGUACAUGGACCAAGACAAACAUGAGGCAUUCAUAGACGCCAAAACUGCCGUGGAUCUCAUUCCUAUAUCGGCGCCUUUGUCUCUUCAGCCUGAAGACAAGCAGUUCUUUUUGGGACGUGUUGUUGGAAUCGCAUGUGAGGCGGCAGCAAUCGCACUCAAUGACGGCCAGAGCCCUGUCACUGCCAUCGAACUUCUGGAAACCGGCCGUGGAGUUCUAGCCAGCUUCUUCCACGAUAGGCGGACAGAUUUAUCCUUGCUAGAGGCCAAACACCCCGAACUCGCUCGGUCUUUCAUCGAACUCCGCGCCGACUUAGACAAACCGACAUACCGCGACGCCUUCGAAGAUAUCGAAUCAUUCGACGAUCCGUUGAGCCUAUACAAGCUUCCAGAAACAGACCAACGUCACAAAGCGAGCACAAAAAUGGCCGCGCUUUUGGAGGACAUUCGUGCGCAGCCUGGUUUCGACAGAUUCCUGUCUUCUGCAACUGGAAGUCAAAUGCAAGAUGCUGCAGAAGACGGCCCAAUCGUCAUCAUCAACAUAAGUUCCCGACGUUGCGAUGCUCUGAUUAUAGAGCAAUCUCGGAUACAUGCCUUUGAACUGCCAAAACUCACCAAGGAUGACGUUUUGCGACGCGCAGAUGAUGUCGGGUCGUUCAAAACACUCAUGUGGCUUUGGGACUCUGUGGUCGGACCGGUACUGGACCAUCUGGGCUUCUCGAAGCAUUGUGUCGACGACAACUGGCCACACAUUGUCUGGAUCCCAACUGGGCCUCUUGUUCGAUUUCCGUUGCAUGCUGCUGGCUAUCACCUAGCUCCAGGCCACAGGACCGCCAUGGACAGGGUUAUGUCUUCAUACAGUUCGUCUGUGAAGGCCAUUAUGACAUCUCGUCAACAGCGUUAUCAUGAAUUUGGUUCAGAUGUCGUAUUGAUCGGAAUGGGAGAAACCCCCGGGCUGCCACACUCAAGCCUCCGCUACGCAAGAACUGAGGUUGACGUGGUUCGUGGUGUUUUCAACUCGACUUCGCUGAAUUGCGUGCAGCCUACUUCUAUUAAGAAAGACGUUCUGGCAGCUUUGGAGACUUGCCGCAUCUUCCACUUUGCAGGACACGGAGAGUCGAAUCGGCUUGACCCGCUCAAGAGCCACAUUCUGCUAGACGAUUGGAUGACGCAACCUUUAACUACUGCAAGUCUCAUGGAGAAGAAUCUUGCAUCUAGCCCACCAUUCCUAGCCUACCUGUCGGCAUGCAAGACAAGCGAAAACUCCAACCAGGAUCUCGUGGAUGAAAACAUUCAUCUGACAAGUGCAUUCCAGCUGUCAGGCUUUCGACAUGUGGUUGGGACUCUGUGGGAGGUCGACGAUGAAUUGUCUUCAGAAAUGGCGAGAUUGACAUACGAGUUUCUGAUCACGAAAGGGAUAUCAGACGCAUCCGUAAGCGGUGGCUUGCAUUUCGCUACGAAGAAGCUUCGAGACAUCUGGGCGGCGUCCGUAAUUGCGGACUUGAAGCAGAGGGAGAAGGCAGACAAAGUUAGAGACGCUGUGCAUGAUGACGAACAGGAAGGAGAUACGUCGCAUCAUGGAGAGGAUCUUAGGUCCAUGAGAGAUAUCAGAAGAACCGAAAUCAUGUUACCGCUCUGGGUGCCAUACAUUCAUUACGGCCCUUAG